GGGCAUUCAAAAUUGUAAUCUGUUGACCAAUGCUAUUUUGUAAUAAAAUGUUAGUGGCAAAGUGAGAAAAAUAAGGCUAUCCAUAUCCUUCAAAUCAGCAAUCCCAUUUCUAGGAAUUUAUUCCAUUUUUACAUAGAAAUACAGUUAAUAGGUACAAAGAUACUCAUCACAACAUUGUUUAUACUUGCAAAAAAAGAAAUCUCAGUAUCUACUAAAACUUCAAUAUGUCUAUACAAUGCAAUUUUAUGCAAAGUAUAGAAAUGUAUUGAAUGAAAUGAAGAGAUAUCCAUCAAAUACUAAGUCAAAAAAGGAGAUUUUUAAGGCAGUAUAAUUGUGUGUGUCAUCCAUACAAGUAUAUUCAAGCAUGAACAACUCAAAUAUAGUGUUAGCAGUGGUUAUUGGGAUAGGGGAGGAUUCUUUAAAAGUUUUCCCUGCCUAUAUUUUAUAUUUUUAUACAAUUAGAAAUUAGAAUGUAUAAGACACAUAAUAGCAUUUAUCGAGAGAUAAGUCAGUGUUUGUACCUUACAUCUUCAUAAUUUGGGGAUAUUUCACUGACCUUUGGUAUUAAAAAGACUUGAGGUUUGGAACAUGUGUUCCCUUCAUUUAAUAGCUAUGUAAGUUCAGCAAAAGGAAGACUUCCACUUCUUAUAUACAGCUCUUUAAUUUUUUGAAUACAUAGACAUGGGAAGCACUCUGGCCAUUAGUAAUACACACACACACACACACACACACACACAUACACUCCUCAACAGCUUAGAACAUAUUUUUGCACAUUGUAUCUCUUAAAAUGUGGAAGCUGGGUUAUAUUACUGCUCUUGUUUUUAAAAAGUGGGAGUUUAAUGUUCAUGUGCUUUGUGCGAGUUGUCCAAGUUCAUUCAGCUGGUAAAUUCUGGGCUCUGAAAUUCAGAUCUCUGUGCCUACCAAAAUCAGGUUCUUUUUUUUUUUUUUUUUUUUUACAUGCAAUGUUAUGCACAACUGCAGGCAAAUAAAUGGUACGCCCUUAAGCACACAGGGUACUUUUAAAGAAUAUCUCCAUGCCCCCUGGACCUAAUCCAUGGCACCAUUUGGAGUUCUUCCCUUGAGCAGACGCUGAUAUUCUAGCCCGGAGAGAGAGAGGAAGGACUGUGGCCUGCCUUGGCAGCAUUUCAUGAGUAGCUAUUCGAGCUACUGUGUUGCAAGUUCACCUGAUGAUAGUGGCUGGUUUGUCUUGCCUUCUCCUGGCAGCCUACAGGGAUUUAGAUGAAUUGGAUUGAGAGUCAGAUGGAUUUCCAAGCUCCACCUAUUUGUGAUUUUUAACGCUGGAAAAGAUAUCAGCAAACUUGUCAGUUCUCUUCUACAGCUGGCAAUAUUUUGAAUAAUAGAUUUCUCCUUUGGACACUUGUUUGAGAAAAAUAAUCCAAAUCUUAUCAAGAUAAAAAUACUUCUAUGAUCAUGACAACCAUUAAAAAUGAAAAGAGGCACAGUUAGAUGAAGAAGGACAAUUUCUUGUCAGAAUAAUAUAUGAUGAUUCUAAAACUUAUGAUUUGGUUGCUGCUGCAAGCAAAGUCCUCAAUCUCAAUGCUGGGGAAAUCCUCCAAAUGUUCGGGAAGAUGUUUUUUGUCUUUUGUCAAGAGUCUGGUUAUGAUACAAUCUUGCGUGUCCUGGGAUCUAAUGUCAGAGAAUUUCUACAGAACCUUGAUGCUCUGCAUGACCACCUCGCUACUAUCUACCCGGGUAUGCGUGCUCCUUCCUUUAGAUGCACCGAUGCAGAAAAGGGCAAAGGACUCAUUCUGCACUACUACUCAGAGAGAGAAGGACUUCAGGAUAUUGUCAUCGGAAUCAUCAAAACAGUAGCUCAACAGAUACAUGGCACUGAAAUAGACAUGAAGGUUAUUCAGCAAAGAAAUGAAGAAUGUGAUCACACUCAAUUUUUAAUUGAAGAAAAAGAGUCAAAAGAAGAAGACUUUUAUGAAGAUCUUGAUAGAUUUGAAGAAAAUGGUACCCAGGAAUCACGCAUCAGCCCCUAUACCUUCUGCAAAGCUUUUCCUUUUCACAUAAUAUUUGACCGGGACCUAGUGGUCACUCAGUGUGGCAAUGCCAUAUACAGAGUGCUUCCCCAGCUCCAGCCUGGGAACUGCAGCCUGUUGUCUGUCUUCUCUCUCGUUCGUCCUCAUAUUGACAUUAGUUUCCAUGGGAUCCUUUCACACAUCAAUACGGUUUUCGUAUUGAGAAGCAAGGAAGGAUUGUUGGAUGUAGAGAAAUUAGAAUGUGAAGAUGAACUGACUGGGACUGAGAUCAGCUGCUUACGUCUCAAGGGUCAAAUGAUCUACUUACCUGAAGCAGAUAGCAUACUUUUUCUGUGUUCACCAAGUGUGAUGAAUCUGGACGAUCUGACAAGGAGAGGUCUGUAUCUGAGUGACAUCCCUCUGCACGAUGCCACACGUGAUCUCGUUCUUUUGGGAGAACAAUUCAGAGAGGAAUACAAACUGACCCAAGAACUGGAAAUCCUCACAGACAGGCUGCAGCUCACGUUAAGAGCCUUGGAAGAUGAAAAGAAAAAGACAGACACGUUGUUGUAUUCUGUCCUCCCUCCGUCUGUCGCCAAUGAGCUGAGACACAAGCGUCCGGUGCCUGCCAAAAGAUACGACAAUGUGACCAUCCUCUUUAGUGGCAUUGUGGGCUUCAAUGCUUUCUGUAGCAAGCAUGCAUCUGGGGAAGGGGCCAUGAAGAUUGUAAACCUCCUCAAUGACCUCUACACCAGAUUUGACACACUGACUGACUCCCGGAAAAAUCCAUUUGUUUAUAAGGUGGAGACAGUUGGUGAUAAGUAUAUGACAGUGAGUGGUUUACCAGAGCCGUGCAUCCACCAUGCACGAUCCAUUUGCCACCUGGCCUUGGACAUGAUGGAAAUUGCUGGUCAGGUUCAAGUGGAUGGCGAAUCUGUUCAGAUCACAAUAGGGAUACACACUGGAGAGGUAGUUACUGGUGUCAUAGGGCAGAGGAUGCCUCGAUAUUGCCUUUUUGGAAAUACCGUUAACCUCACAAGCAGAACAGAAACCACUGGAGAAAAAGGAAAAAUAAAUGUGUCUGAAUAUACAUACAGAUGUCUUAUGACACCAGAAAACUCAGAUCCACAGUUCCAUUUGGAGCACCGAGGCCCUGUGUCCAUGAAGGGCAAAAAAGAGCCAAUGCAAGUUUGGUUUCUUUCCAGAAAAAAUACAGGAACAGAGGAAACAACCCAGGAUGAUGACUGAAUGUUAGACUGUGGGAUGAAGAAGAUGGCAGAAUGGGCUUUUGUUGUCCACUGUCACACGCCAAGCCUGGGAGCCAUUAUUCCCUGUGGAUACAGAUUCGCUUUGUCUUUUGCAGUUAUCCCAAGCCUUUCUCCUCGGUAUAGCUUUCAUGAUUCAUUACUCAACCUUAGCUCUGCUUUUGAUUAUUUUCAAGGUUUAGUAUAUUACCUGAAGUUUGGCUUUAGAUGUGAAUGAUGUGAGCUUCCUGUGUCUUAAGAUCUACCACAAGCAUUGCCGAGCAUGGUAAUUUGCAAGUGGUAGGCACCCAAUAAAUAUUUGUUGAAUUUAAUUAAGUGACACUGAACAGUAUUUGGUCAUGUGUAUAUAUCAUAUCAUGGCUUACCAAAUCUGCUUAGUGUUCCGUGUAUAUGUCUAUGUAUAUUUUCAUGACUAUAAUAACAUAGAACAAAGUUUAUAUCAUGUUGGUGUACAUCAUUAUAGAAAUCAUUUUAUAAAGGAGUGAAUUCUAAGUUUUAGGAAAAAAAAAUGCCAUUUAUUUUCAGAUUCCCAAAAUAAGAAUUAAUAUACCAUGCUAAGAAAAUAGUGACUAUUUUGAAUUGUGCUCAUUUUCCUUCAAAAAUAGAGGAUGCACAUUUCUGUUACCAAAGUAUUUGGUUGCUCACUCAAAUCAUGUGGCAUUAUAAUUCCUCUAAAAUUCUAUCAUUUGUACUAUAUCCCUUGUAUUAAAUCUCAUUAUCCACAUGCAGCUGUUAUAAAAAGCUGUUCUGUUUCACACUGAGCUAUUACAUUAGCCUAGGAUAAAUGUGAGGCGCUCUAACCACAUCCAAGAAUAAAAUUGGAGACACUGCUGGGAUACUCCUGAAAGAGCCAUUUCUGGCCUUUAUUUCCAGAAAUGAGCUUCUUUUUCUUAACUUGGAAGAAUGUGAUUAUAUCCAGGCCAUGUUCAGAAAAGUUACUUUAAAUUUGACAUAGAAAGCAUUCCUAUUGGAAUAAUUGGCCUAUUGUUCUUAAAUAUCUCUGAUAAUUUAUUAAUACCUACCUUUAUAAAAUAUAGUGCAACUACUUUUGUGUAAAAAUGUUUGUCUUUAAAUUUAGCAUUUCAUAUCAGCACAUCUAAAUAUGUAUAAAUGUCCCAUGUUCAUGUGUAAGAGAAUCUGCAAUAAAUUAUUUUUUCCACUUGUCUCUA